GCUCCUGUCUGUGUUGUGGCUGUGGGACCUGCGAGCCAGCAGCGACGCAAGCGGCGGAGAACCGACGAAGGGUGUCGCCACGGUGAUGGCAGUAGAGGACAGUACACUGCAGGUGGUGGUGCGGGUGCGGCCCCCCACCCCUCGGGAGCUGGACAGUCAGCGGCGGCCGGUGGUGCAGGUGGUGGAUGAACGGGUGCUGGUGUUUAACCCUGAGGAGCCUGACAGAGGGUUUCCUGGCCUGAAAUGGGGCAGCACCCAUGAUGGCCCCAAGAAGAAGAGCAAAGACCUGACGUUUGUCUUUGACCGGGUCUUUGGUGAGGCGGCCAGCCAACAGGACGUGUUCCAGCACACCACACACAGCAUCCUGGACAGCUUCCUCCAAGGCUACAACUGCUCAGUGUUUGCCUACGGGGCCACCGGGGCUGGGAAGACACACACCAUGCUUGGAAGGGAGGAGGACCCCGGCAUCAUGUACCUGACCACUGUGGAACUGUACAAGCGCCUGGAGGCCCGCCAGCAGGAGAAGCACUUCGAGGUGCUCAUCAGCUACCAGGAGGUGUACAAUGAGCAGAUCCACGACCUCCUGGAGCCCAAGGGGCCCCUUGCCAUCCGCGAGGACCCCGACAAGGGGGUGGUGGUGCAAGGACUUUCUUUCCACCAGCCAGCCUCAGCCGAGCAGCUGCUGGAGAUGCUGACCAGGGGGAACUGUAACCGCACGCAGCACCCCACCGAUGCCAACGCAACUUCCUCCCGCUCCCAUGCCAUCUUCCAGAUCUUCGUGAAGCAGCAGGACCGGGUUCCAGGACUGACCCAGGCUAUCCAGGUGGCCAAGAUGAGCCUGAUUGACCUGGCUGGCUCAGAGCGGGCAUCCAGCACCCAUGCGAAGGGGGAGCGGCUGCGGGAGGGUGCCAACAUCAACCGCUCUCUGCUGGCGCUCAUCAACGUCCUCAACGCCCUGGCCGAUGCAAAGGGCCGCAAGACCCAUGUGCCUUACAGGGACAGCAAACUAACCCGCCUGCUCAAAGACUCCCUUGGGGGCAACUGCCGCACAGUGAUGAUCGCUGCCAUCAGCCCCUCCAGCCUGGCCUACGAGGACACGUACAACACCCUCAAGUAUGCCGACCGGGCCAAAGAGAUCAGGCUCUCGCUGAAGAGCAACGUGACCAGCCUGGACUGUCACAUCAGCCAGUAUGCUACCAUCUGCCAACAGCUCCAGGCCGAGGUAGCUGCUCUAAGGAAGAAGCUCAAAGUAUAUGAAGGGGGAGGCUGGCCCCCACAGGACCUCCCAGGAGCCCCCAGGUCGGAACCACCACCACAACACCAGCCCUGCACGCCAGAGCUCCCUGCAUGGCCUGGAGCCCUUCAAGAGGAGAGUCUGGGGACAGAGGCCCAGGUGGAGAGGGCCAUGGAAGGGACCUCUUCAGACCAGGAACAGUGCCCAAGGGACCAGGAUGAAGGCCCAGCUGAGGAGGUUCCAACCCAGAUGCCAGAGCAGAACCCCACACAUGCACUGCCAGAGUCCUCUGGCCUGACCCUGCAGCCCAAGCCAGUCAUGGGCCACCUCUCAGCACAGGAACUGGACAAGGACCGUUCUAAGCAGUUGGCCCUAAAGAUGCUGUGCCUGGCCCAGCGGCAAUACUCCCUGCUCCAAGCAGCCAACCUCCUGACCCCCGACAUGAUCACAGAGUUUGAGACCCUACAGCAGCUGGCGCAAGAAGAAAACAUUGAGCCCAGGGCAGAGGCCUCUAGGACUUCCGGCCCGGCCAGGGGGUUACCUCUGGCUCAAGAGCUGUGUUCAGAGUCAAAGCCUUUGGGAUAUACUGGCCCUGUCACCCGGACCAUGGCGAGGCAGCUGAGUGGCCCCCUACACACGCUGGGGAUUGCACCUGGACCUAACUGCUCCCCAGCCCAGGGAUCCCGAUGGCCCAUGGAGAAGAAGAAGAGGAGGAGACCACGCCCCUUGGAACCAGACAGUCCCACGGCCCUAAAGCGGGGCAUCAAGCGCCAGCGCCAGUCCUUUCUGCCCUGCCUGAGGAGAGGGUCUCUGCCUGAUGCUCAACCUUCACUGGGGCCCAGCACCCCCCAAGGAGAAAGGGCCUCCUCCCCCUGCCCUUCCCCUCGCUUCUGCCCAGCCACAGUCAUCAAAAGCCGGGUGCCCCUGGGUCCUUCGGCCAUGCAGAACUGUUCUACCCCUCUGGCCCUACCCACUCGAGACCUCAAUGCCACCUUCGAUCUCUCCGAGGAGCCUCCCUCAAAGCCCAGUUUCCAUGAGUGUAUUGGCUGGGACAGAGUCCCCCAGGAGCUGAACAGGCUAGACCAGCCCUUCAUCCCCAGGGGACCCAUGCUCCUGUUCACCACGAAGGGCCCCAAACCAACAUCUUCCCUCCCUGGAUCCUCUGCCUGCAAGAAGAGGCAUGUUGUGAGUUCCUCCAUCUCCCAUGGCCGCAGCCGCAUCGCCCGCCUCCCCAGCAGCACCUUGAAGAGGCCAGCUGGACCCCGCACACAGGUGACUGGCACUAGGGACAGGGAUAGCCUAGGCCAUGGAGGCCAAUGAAGACAGGAAGCAGGAGGAGACAGGGUGGGCUGGGACCCAGAAGAAAGGAGGGCCUGGGUAUUGCCAAGCAUCUCAGGGACACUGCUGCUGAGAGGUGGAAGGUAGGCUGGAGGACAGAGGGACAGAGCCUCACUUUCCCUCCUCCCUGCACUCCCGGCCACCCAUCCCACCAGCCUGCAGAGCUGCCCUUGAGUCCCCGGUACCCUAGCAACCAGAGAAGUGGAAAGGACCUCGUCAGGGUGGGGAGAGUGCUGUCAGCGGGGAGCGGUGUCACCAAGGUGUCCUGACACCCCCCCAGCCCCACUAUGCUGGAUACCCCUCUUGGACCUGGAACCACCUGCACCAGGAGCCCAGACCUGCUUUCCUUACCUGGGAGCAAUUAGUGCCAACACACCUUCGCUGUAUUACCAUCCCUCCCCAGCCACCCAUCCUGCCACUCACCCCCUGUUAAUCCCCUGUUAUACUCAGCUUCUUGCCGUGUACAUAUUCAUUUGUGAGUGUUAACAUGUUGCUGUUUUUUUGGGUUUUUGUUUUUGUUUUCAGAUUGUGUUUCACUCUGUCACCUAGGCUAGAGUAUAGUGGUGCAAUCUCGGCUCACUGCA